AUGGACUCACCACAACCGCCCCACCAUGACCGAUCCGACCGCCACGAGCGCACUGAUCGCGACCGAAAACAUAAAUCGCGCCGUUCGCGCUCUCCCCGUCGCGACGACGACCGCCACAGCCAUGGAAAGCACCGUUCACAUCGCUCACACCGAUCGCGAUCUCCAACUGCGAAGCCAGUGAAGCUCCCGUACCAAGCUAGGCCGCUGUCAAAACACGACUUCAAGGCGUACAAGCCGCUUUUCCAGUCCUACCUCGACAUACAGAAACAGAUUCAGCUCGAUGAGCUUGACGAGCGGGAAGCGCGCGGGCGCUGGAAGAGCUUCACGUCGCGAUGGAACCGUGGAGAGCUAGCGCGUAGCUGGUACGACCCGUCGAUGCUGCAGAGUGCGCAACAGACGGUGCAAGAAUACGGUGCAAAGUCCCAGUCUCCGCCGCCUGUCAGGCGAGGUUCGCCGCAGUAUACGAAGCAGCCGACUGCUUCUGGCCAACAGUCUGACAGUAGUGACGAUGACUUUGGUCCUGCACCACCCACACAGAUGGCGCGCGCAGCAGGCCACGGGCCAACGAUACCACGCUUCGACGACCUGACGCAUCGCAACGAGCUACGGAAUGAAGACGCGGCUCAUGAUCGCUCGGCUUACGCUUCUGACACCCGUUAUGAGCGCAAGGCCGAGCGAAAGACGCAGAAAGAGCGUGCGGACGAACUUGCACCGCGCGCCGACCCUGGAUCUCGUGAGCGGCAGCUCGAGAAGAAACGCGAGACGACCAGUACCCUGCAUUCAUUCCGCGACGCGAAAGAGGGUGGUGACGUGGAGAUUGGGGAGAACGAGCUCAUGGGCGACGAUGGCAUCGACGGAUACAAGGCGAAGAAGAAAGCGGACGAGCGUGUAAAGAACGAGCGCGAGAUACGGCGAGAGGAAAUCGCGCGGGCACGAGCAGCAGAGCGCGAGGAGGCGCUGAGUGCGCGGAGGGCAAAGGAAGCGCAGACGAUGGAAUUCCUUAAGCAACUCGCUCAAGAGCGUUUCGGGUGA